AAGACGGUUUAACACUUUUAAACAUUAUAUUUGUGGGUAAACCGCCACAUUCUCAGUCCGUUUGGUGCGUUCUGUUGAAUUAGCGGCGUACCCAAUGUACAGAAUGGAGAAACGCUCCGAUACUGCAGGAGGAGGACUUCCCCUGGCGUCCCUUCGCCUCAUGGCUUCUCCUCUGCAGCUGACCUACUCGUACAUAUGGCAGGUCAUACGGCAGCGAAAGGUGAAACAGUACUGGAAAGUGGAGGAAUUUGUAACCAUGGUGACGCAGACUGUUCCUGAGGUCCUGAGUUUUAAGCAGACUGCCCAGCUUAUCUUGGGUUUGAGAGCAAGGAUUAUUUUGGAUUUGCUUCACAAGGAAGGCCAACCAGAUGCCAAGGCUAUUCAAGCUCUUAUCAAUAAAUUGAAGGUCACCACAUCCUCAGGGAAGGAUGCAGAAGUGGAGAAAUCCCAAACAAACUUCAUGGUGCUGGUCCAGAAUCUGCUUAAAAACCCUGCUGAGCGGAAACGCUUCUUCCAGGAAGUGUUUCCUGUUCAGUACGGCACAAAGUUUGACACGGCACUGCAGACUCUGACUGCAGGCCUGGUGUGCAAGCUGGAGCAACUUCUUCCUGUUCCCAAUUUGUCCCAGCUGGGUGCCAUGAUCUCCACGGAGCCCGCUGUCCUGGAGGCGUGUGGAGGCUUCAUUCCUGACCCGGGUGACCUGAAGACUCUCCUUCUACACCAGCAGGCCAAAGGGCUCAUUGGUGUUAAAGCAACCAUCUCGUCUUCGGUGGGUGACUGUGUGCUCUCUUCACUUGCCUUUCGGCCCAAACCAGUAGAACCACCGCUGCCGCCGCCACCACCACCAGAAUCACCAAAGCCAUUAGAGGUCACCUUCAGCGAAACAAGCCAAGCCUCCCUCAGUGACGCUGAAGACUUGGGCAUGAUGUCAGAUGACUCUGACAGUUCAGCAGCUCCUGUUCUUGGACCUCAGCAAGGAGGAAAAUCCAGCCAUGAAGCAGCUGUUAGCAUUGCAGCAAAAAAUAAGAGCAUGACUGUAACACCUCAGAAAGAGAAUCUGCUGCCAGAGAAGAGUUCUACGCCGGUUCAGUCAGCCACACCUCUGCAAAGCAGAGAGAACGAGGGAGCACCACCACCAGAAAAACCAGACCCACCACAACUGCCUGUAAAAUCAAUCCCUUUCAAGGUAGUUCCAGUGCCGAUCAAAACAGUCUCCCCCUCUCAGAAUGCCGGCAGUGCAGUAACAAAAGAUGGCCAAAAGCCCCAGACUCAACGAGUCACACUGCAUCAGUGGGUGUCACAGAUUGCCACCAACUCACUGGCACUCCCAGCCUUACCACCGCUUCCUCCUGCCAGGCUCAGUGCUGUAGAUGACAUAAGGCCAAGCAUAAGAAGAAAAAAGCCAUUCAGGCCUCUAGCUGACAGAUUUACUUGCAGCGUGUGUGAUAAGAGCUUCCCCUACCAGUCCAAGCUGUUGGACCAUGAGCGCAUUCACACAGGAGAGAAACCAUUCUUGUGCACGGCAUGCAACAAAAGUUUCCGAACACAGGCUUUCCUCAACAACCAUCUGAAGACCCACAGCACGACGCGGCCCUAUGCUUGCGGCCAGUGCGGCAAGUGCUUCAUAAAGCUGCAGAGUCUGACGAAGCACAUGCUCGCCCACAGCGGCCAGAAGCCCUUCUACUGUAACAUCUGCAGCAAGGGCUUCACACAGUCCACCUACUUCAAAAGACACAUGGAGUGUCACACCAGCCAGAUGACGUUUCCAUGCAAGCAGUGCAACAAAAGCUUCCCGACGGCAUUCAAACUGUCAAACCACGAGCGCUGGCACACCAGAGAUCGUCCUCACAUGUGCGAACGUUGCGGGAAAAGAUUCCUCGUCCCCAGCUUGUUGAAGAGACACAUGGGCUACCAUAUCGGUGACCGCCAGUAUCUCUGCUCCCAGUGCGGGAAGACCUUCGUUUAUUUGUCUGACCUGAAGAGGCACCAGCAGGACCACGUGCCCAAAGCAAAGAUCCCAUGUCCAGUCUGCCAAAAGAAGUUCUCCAGCAAGUACUGCCUGAGGGUUCAUCUGAGGAUCCACACCAGAGAAAGGCCCUACCAGUGCACUAUAUGCGACAAGACCUUCACUCAGGUCGGAAAUCUGAAGGUCCACAUCAGGUUGCACACCAACGAGCGGCCCUACAGCUGCGAUGUGUGCGGGAAGACCUACAAGCUGGCGUCCCAUCUGAACGUCCACAAAAGGACUCAUACAUGUAAGAAGCCCUGGACGUGCGACACGUGCGGGAAAGGAUUCUCGGUCCCCGGCCUUCUGAAGAAGCACGAGCAGCUGCACACGAGGGAUGCCAACCCUGACUUUACCGGUAAACGGAGGCACAAGGGAAAGCACAAGAAGCAGUCGCUCAAGAGGAAGUAUGACGAGGAAGACGAGGGCAGCGAUGAUUAUUAACCAAAGAAGCACUUGGUUAUGAGUAGAGAGGCUCAGAUCAGGUUUAUGCUGAUCACUGACAGAACAGGUUAAUCUAGAAAGCUACAGAACAGGCAACCAUGUAGUUUUCAAAGUUGGACUUGCUACCUUGUGGUUGAUAUUAAGCGACCGUGUGGUUUGGCCAGUGAAAACACAUUUUGAGUUAGAAUUUGACUUAUACGGUGUAUCAGCAGGCUCUGACCAUUGCCUGACCAGCUGCAACUAACAAAGUCCAUUGUUUUAGUGCUCUUUUUCAUAUAAUAAGGUGACUUAACAAAGCGAGUUUAGGUAGUAAAGCUACCCAAAGAUGUUAGAUUUUGAGAAAAAUAAGGUAGCAAUAGAGCAUUUCUGAUUACUUUCUCGUCCAUUUUUUGAGUUCAUCCUUAUAUAUGGUGAUCAUUUCCUUUACAAAGAAAAUGAUGCUUUUUGAAAGUUGAGAAAAUGUUUUCCAUGCAUCAUGCUUGUCAAGAGGCUUAAUAUAGCGAACGUUCAGUAGAUGACCAUCAUGUAAACAAUCCAAGUAUUUCAAAGCAUGUGAUUGUAGAUCAUUUAUCUCCUGUGUAAUAAAAUGCUGUAGUGUCUCUAUGAAACAUUGAAAUAUGUUACUGUGUCCGUGUUGUGGAAAUUGGAGUAAUUCAAAACUACUUUCACCACACGCUUUUCUUAUGCAACUCUGAACUGUAACCAUUUCACCAGCUCUGCUUUUUUUUGUUUAGGGUGAAAGAGGCUCUUUUGUCUUUAUCACUAUGUAACAUUUACAACUUUAAUGCAGGUUGAGUGCAACCGUUUGAUAAUAUGCAGGUGUGUGAUGAGGUUGUGCCGUGAUUCCCAUUUUUCCUUUACUUACUGUAGUGUGAGCAACCAUGUAUAUAACCCACUAAGUCGUGUACCUGUUCUCUGUAUUUUUGUUGUUUUUGAUGCUUUUCAAAAAAAAAUAAAUGCACUUGGCAAAGAA